AUGGAUGGUGCUAAUACUAGCGAUGAUUCUGCUUGGUCAACUUUUGCAGAUUUCCUGGAAGCAUCUUCGCGGGUUCUGUGCCUCGUGGGUGCUGGGCUCAGCGCACCAUCUGGUCUGGCCACCUGGCAGGAUCCAGUCACAGUGUGGAGCUUUUACGGCGAGCGUUUACUCAAGUCAUUGGCGGCUCAGCCAAAUGCAGCACAUCAUGCGUUGGCGGCUCUUGCUAGGUGGCAUGAAGGAUGGUUGACUAUCAAUCAAAAUGUCGAUGGGCUUCUCGAGCAAACCGAUCAUCCCAUGUCAAGGCUACUGGGCAUUCACGGCACAUUGAAGAUUGUUCGAUGUACCACAUGCGAUUACAACACCAACGUUCAUAAGCCGCAUGACAUUCCGUUCCUGCUGUCGCUGUCCAAUGCUAAUAAUCAAUCACGCUCGGCAGCAUUAUCCGACCUUCCACAUUGCCCCAAAUACAGAAUUGAUGAGUGGAUAUCGGAAGAACGCAUUGAUCUGGUGAUCGCUGCUGGUACAAGCUUGGAAGUUUUCCCAGCUGCAGAAUGGGUGGAUACAGCGCGAGCAUGUGGAGCAUCUUUGGCUAUCAUCGAUGCGGAAAAAGACCACCGGCUGGUGGAUGAAUUAAAUGACAAUGACUGGUUUUUCAAAGGAGAUAUCGCGGUUAUUCUACCUAGUAUUCUACCUAGAAUACUAAACUUCUCAAACGUUGACGUCACGCAAGAAAAUAAUAUCAUUAUCGACUUUGCUGGGUCCUAA